GAGGUGCGCUCUGAUUGGUCAGCGGCGUCAUUUCAAACUCCUCCCCCCUCCUGCGUCCUCCUCACAACUCUUUCGCUGGACCCAGUGGGCGGUUGGCAUUUUUCCUGCCACUUUUCGGGCAAGUUACCAAAGCCAAAAAGGCUCGAGGACGGGCAAAAAUGACUCAGCUGAAGGAGCGCUUCGUGACGCUGCUCCACGAGAAGAACUUUGUGACGGACCAGUUGGCGGUGCUGGAGCAAAAAACGGGAGUGAAACGAGAAUACAUCACUUUGGGUGUUCUUGGUUUCGUCGCCCUCUACCUUCUGUUUGGAUAUGGAGCCUCGCUUCUCUGCAACCUGAUCGGAUUCAUCUAUCCUGCCUAUUUCUCCAUCAAGGCCAUAGAGAGCAACAUCAAGGAGGACGACACCCAGUGGCUGACCUACUGGGUUGUUUAUGGGCUGUUCAGCAUUGUUGAGUCCUUCUCUGACAUCUUCCUCUCCUGGUUCCCCUUUUACUAUGCUAGCAAGUGUCUGUUCCUGAUUUGGUGCAUGGCGCCGGUGACGUGGAACGGCUCUGACAUUUUGUACAAGCGGGUGAUACGGCCCUUUUUCCUGAAACACCAGGCCACCAUGGACACCGUCGUCAGUGAUCUGACUGCCAAGGCCAAGAACAUCACGGAGACUGUGACAAAGGAGGCUGUUCACCAAGUUCUGAGCCAUGAGAAGGAUCAGUGAGAGGCGCAAAAAAGGCUUUGUGUGUGUGUGUGUGUGUGUGUGUGUGUGUGUGUGUGAGAUGGAGAGUAUGAAAUAUGAUUGUGUGAGCGAGUGACUGUGUGUGCGUGUCUGUUGUGUCGCCUUUUUCGGCCUCUUCUGAAGAUGGGUGACUGAUCGACCUUCGCUUCAUGACUUCAUGGAGGCUGUGGCUUCUCUCUUCUGAAAAAUAAAAAGAUUACGCAUCAUUAUUUUACUGCCAUCGGUACGUUGAAGACAGUCAAAUGAAACUGUGACUUUGUUUUGUGAUCUAGCUCUGUUGUGUUGUAAGGACAGCUGGGAGGAAAAAGUUGUUUAAAAAGAAAUCUGUUGUUUACUUGCAGGUAGCUGUCAUAUAAUCAGUUUUGUGCCAGAAGACUAACAACUUGCACUACAUUUGAACUUAGACUAUGAAUAAUAUAAAUCUGAACCUUUUAUAGCCCUGAUUAAUUAGUAAAUUCAGAGGUAAAUCAGCGACAUCUCAGGAACUUUUAAGGAUCUUCCCUGCUUGUUAAUUUAAAAGCUCAUUGCCCCAGAAUAUAUUUAAAAACUGCCUUCUGUUGCGUUGACAAUCAUGUCCUCCGUCUCCUUGCUCUCUUACGUGUGCCAGACUGAACUUGGUUUGAGAUACUGGGAACAUUACCAAUCUUUGACAUCAACUGGGAAAACUUCUGUCUUUUUAAAUAGUCUUAAUUUAUUUUCUCACGGUUUAAAUAAAAAUAAAACUAGAACACCAAUGAGCUAAAA